UCACAUUAUAUAUACACACACACAUACACACACACACGAUUUUGCUCAGCCCUGCCACCCUUUAGCAGGUUCCCAUCAGAGUACCCCCCCCCUUACAUCAGGUGUCCCCAUCAAAGUACCCCCUUACAUCAGGUGUCCCCAUCAGAGUACCUCCUUACAUCAGGUGUCCCCAUCAGAGUACCCCUUUACAUCAGGUGUCCCUAUCAGAGUACCCCCUUACAUCAGGUGUCCCCAUCAGAGUACCCCCUUACAUCAGGUGUCCCCAUCAGAGUACCCCCUUACAUCAGAUGUCCCCAUCAGAGUACCCCCUUACAUCAGAUGUCCCCAUCAGAGUACCCCUUACAUCAGGUGUUCCCAUCAGAGUACCCCCUUACAUCAGAUGUCCCCAUCAGAGUACCCCCUUACAUCAGAUGUCCCCAUCAGAGUACCCCUUACAUCAGGUGUUCCCAUCAGAGUACCCCCUUACAUCAGAUGUCCCCAUCAGAGUACCCCCUUACAUCAGGUGUCCCCAUCAGAGUACCCCCUUACAUCAGAUGUCCCCAUCAGAGUACCCCCUUACAUCAGGUGUCCCCAUCAGAGUACCCCCUUACAUCAGGUGUCCCCAUCAGAGUGCCCCUUACAUCAGGUGUCCCCAUCAGAGUACCCCCUUACAUCAGGUGUCCCCAUCAGAGUACCCCCCUUACAUCAGGUGUCCCCAUCAGAGUGCCCCUUACAUCAGGUGUCCCCAUCAGAGUACCCCCUUACAUCAGGUGUCCCCAUCAGAGUACCCCCUUACAUCAGGUGUCCCCAUCAGAGUACCCCCUUACAUCAGGUGUCCCCAUCAGAGUACCCCCUUACAUC